UAUACUUGUGUUGCAGGCAGUGUUUGUGUUGCAGGCAGUAUGCGCAGGAAGAGGUCUGGAGUCUGGCCACAUUUCCAAGAGUCUGGUGACAGGAAGGUGUGUUGCAGGAUCUGCAACAUGCAACUGACACGCCAGGGCAAUACCUCUGUUAUGUUGCGCCACUUGCGCAGGAAACACCCGGGACUGAUGCCUGGUGACGCUUACAACGAGAGUGCCGCCGGAAGUGCUGCUGGAAGUGCUGCCGCUGGAGAGGAAGUUUGGCAUAGUGAUGUCAAGGUCAUCCAGGAAGAUGAUGCUCAACCCUUGUAUAAACAAAAGAAGCGCAAGAGGUCGUCAGUAUGGGCACACUUCGUGGAGGAAGGUGCUGACAAGGUCAGCUGUCAGCUGUGUCAGGAGGUGGUGACCAACCAGAAGGGCAGCACGUCCUCCAUGAUCCGUCACCUCCAGUAUAAACACCCCAACCUCCAUCAUGAUGCUGACAGGCGAGUGCUUACCACAGAUACUGAUGACAGGUGAGUGCUGACCACAGAUACUGAUGACAGGUGAGUGCUGACCACAGGUACUGAUGACAGGUGAGUGCUGACCACUCCUGCUGACCACAGGUACUGAUGACAGUUGAGUGCUGGCCACUCCUGUUGACCACAGGUAUUGAUAACAGGUGAGGUGAGUGCUGACCACAGGCUCUGAUGACAGGUGAGAGCUGACUACACCUGCUGACCACAGGUAGUGACGACAGGCGAGUGCUGACCACUCCUGCUGUUCAGACCUGCUGACAGGUGAGUGCUGAUCCUAGGUACUGAUGACAGGUGAGUGCUGACUACUCCUGCUGACAGGUGAGUGCUGAUCCUGGGUACUGAUGACAGGUGAGUGCUGGCCACACCUGCUGACCACAGGUACUGAUGACAGGUGAGUGCUGACCACAGGUAUUGAUUAUAGGCGAGUGCUGACCACACCUGCUGACCGCAGGUACUGAUGACAGGUGAGUGCUGACCACUCCUGCUGUUCAAACCUGCUGACAGGUUAGUACUGACCACACCUGCUCACAGGUGAGUGCUGACCACAUGUACUGAUGAUGGGUGAGUGCUGACCACAGGUAGUGAUGACAGGUGAGUGUUGACUACAGGUACUGAUAGGUGAGUGCUGACCACAGGUACUGAUGACAAGUGAGUAUUGACCACAGGUACUGAUGACUGCUGACAACUGGUACUGAUGACAGGGGAGUGCUGACCACAUAUACUGAUUACAGGUGAGUACUGACCUCAUGUACUGAUUACAGGUGAGUGCUGACCACAGAUACGGAUGACUGGUGAGUGCUGACUUCAGGUACUGAUGACUGGUGAGUGCUGACCUCAGAUACUGAUGACUGGUGAGUGCUGACGAUACGUGCUGAUGUCAGGUG